UUAAACAUUAAUAUUAUGAAUCAAGCAAUUCAAUCAUUUGUUUUAAAAACUAUAUGUUUUAUAUUGAUUAUCAACGUGACACUUUGUCGUAGUUGCUAUAAUCUAGGAUGUGCAGCUAGAUGUUAUUAUUCAAAUAAAGGAUUUGGGUAUGGUUAUUGUGAAGAAAGUAAUUGCAUGUGUUCACUACCAACUAUAUACCUUUUUAAUGGCAUUGAACGUAAUUUAAAUGGUGAUUCUAUAGACUCAUGGAAAUAUAACAACCAUAAUAAAAACUCGAUAACAACGUCUAAAUCUUUUAAUGAUGAUAAAUCGAAGAUGUUUUCAACUUACACUUCAAAUGAAAAUAAAAGAAAUAAGAUUUGGGAAGAAAUAGAGACUAAAAUUACCAAGCAAUAUUCGUUUAUUAAAAAAGAUGAUCUUCAAAAUCUAAAAUCCAAGAUAAUCAGUAAUCAAUCUGCUUUAGAUUAUUUUAAUAUACACCUCAAAAAUCCAUUAAAAGAUGCAUUAAAGCUGAUGGAAAAAAAAGAACCAGACACAUCUAAAGAAUGUGACGAACUUUUGAAACUAUUGUUAAAAUAUAAAAAAACAACCGUGUCUAAACCCCAAACUACACGUUCAUCACAGAAUUUACCAUUAAAAGGGAAAAAAUCAACUACACCUAAUUCUAAACACUCAGCAACACAGAGUAUUAAGCCAGAAAAAGAUAAUGAUUUAAAAGAGAAAACGAACUCUAAACGAUCUGUAGUCGAAGAAGAAGAAGAAAAGAAACAGGAAAUAUAUUAUGAAGUAGAAACUGUGGAGUAUAGUGAUGAAAGUGAAGAAAUUCCAAAAGAAGAUUGAAAUACUUUAAACUCAAAUAAAAAAAAGAAAAUAAUGUUCUUCUUCCAAUUAAACAUGAAAUCGAUAAUAAUGGUUUUGGAUCUUUCUAUGAUGAUUUAUUUGAGGAAAAUAAAUUUACGAAUUAUAUAGCUCCUAAAAAAAUAUAAUCACAAUCUAUAUGAGUACAUUUCUUGUA